AUGAUUUCUUCGACUCGCUCUCAUGCGAUGCUCUCUCCCGGGCUGGAGGGGGCCGAGGUGGCGGCAUGCGCGCGUCUGACAUGCGACGGAUGGACACUGAGACAUUUGGCGAUGUGGGUCACGGUGGUGGUUACGGCGGUUACGGUGGAAGAGGAGGGAGAGGAGGCCGUGGAGGUUACGGUUACUCUGGCGGUUACGGCGGGGGUUACGGCGGGCGAGGCGGUUACCAGGGCGGGGGUGGUUACGGUGGGAGGGGAGGCUACGGGGGUGGGGGCUAUGGCUAUGGUGGGAGAGGGGGAGGUGGAUACGGAGGGGGUGGAUAUGGGGGAGGUGGAUAUGCCGCUGGGGGAUAUGGUGGUUAUGGUGGUGGCGGCGGCGGCGGCGGCGGCGGCGGCGGCGGUGGUGGUGGUGGUGGGAGGGGUCGUGGUGGUGGUUACCGCGGUGGUGGUGCUGGUGGUGGUGGCCGUGCUGUUCCCAUGCAAUGACGCUGUGAAGUCACACGCAUGCAUUUGCAAUAGAAUUGUAUUUGUUUGCAUCGUUUUCUCUCUAAUCGUCACGACGACGCUGCUUUUACCGCUUCUGUCGCCGUCAUCCGCGGCGGAUUACCCGCUCUGCCCCUUGACGCAAAAGCCGCCGCAAAAACCGACGAUUGUCCCGUCGCGGUGCGUGGACGCGGCAGAAGCGAGCUGCUGCGAGAACUGCUUCGACGUCGGAUUCGCGCUGUCGGGAGUGCUCGCGAAUGAGACGACCAUUUUAAGUCAAUUUGCACCGUCUCUGGCGAGGCUACUAGGAGGAACGGAGAUUCAGUUGUGCUCCUUAUUUGUGGGAUUCCACGACUGCGCGAACGAGUUGGAGCAAGUCAACUGCGCCGUGAACUGCAACCCAGACUCGGGCAACUACGUGCGCAAGGGCGAAGGGGUGGGCGCAAAUCCCAUCUUCACGAUGUGCGACGGUUAUGCGAGCAAGAUGUUCGAAGACUGCAAGGGACUGCCAGUCCCUGGCACCACGGCCACGUUCGGUCAGUUUCUGGAUUCCAAAGAGCGCAUGUUGAACAAGACGUUUGGUGCCAUCUUCCCAGCCCUCGGAUACACUAACACCACCCUCGAGAUUGUACCUGGGACGACUGGGUGUUAUAAUGGACCUGCCAAGAUCAAUCCUCGUGCGCUCUGCUGUGACCCGCUCGUCCCUCCUGCCAACUGCCCUGCUGGCACUGUAGACGAUCCUCGUUUUAAGAAACUCAUGAACCGCAAACUGGAUGAGCACGACUGUGCUGUGUAUGCUGGCGUACCGAACACUCCUAUUGCAGUUCCGCCUUACCUCUCACCUAAGCAUAACAUUUGGUUAUUCGGACCACGCACUACGCGAGUACGUUACACUAGGCCCACAAUGGACCGUUUUCUAAGCGUCGUUCUCUCUCUCCUCGCGACGACGACACUGCUUCUACCGCAUCUGCCGCCGACAUCCGCGGAGGGUUACCCGCUCUGCCCCUUUACGCAAAAACCGCCGCAAAAACCGACAAUUGUUCCGUCGCGGUGCGUGGACGCGAUAGAAGCGAGCUGCUGCGAGAGCUGCUUCGACAGCGGAAUGGCGCUGUCGGCGGUUCUCGCGAACGAGUCGACCAUCGUUGAUCAAUUCGCACCGUCGCUGGCGCAGCUGCUAGGGGGGACAGAGGUUCAGUUGUGCUCCUUAUUCGUGGGAUUCCACGACUGUUCGAACGAUUUCGAGCAGGUGGGCUGCGCCAUAAACUGUAACCCAGAUUCGGCCAACUACGUGCGCCAGACUGAAGGGGUGGGCGCGAACCCCAUUUUCUCGAUGUGCGACAGUUUUGCAACCAAGAUGUUUGACGACUGCAAGGGACUGCCAGUCCCUGGCACUGCGGCCACGUUUGGUCAGUUUCUCAACAGCAAGGAGCGCAUGCUGAACAAGUCGUUUGGUGCGAUCUUUUCAGCUCUCGGAUACCGAAGCACCUCUCUUGAGAUUGUGCCUGGAACAACGGGAUGUUACAACGGCCCUUCCAGGAUUCCUGCUCGUGUCAUCUGCUGUGACCCACUCGUUCCUCCGGCCAACUGCCCUGCCGGCACUGUAGACAAUCCAAGCUAUAAGAAAUUAUUUAACCGUACACUGGACAAGAAUGACUGUGCUGCGUACGCCAAUGUAUCAGAUGCUGCUAUUGUGGCUGGACCUGCUGCGUUUUGGCCCAGUUUUCCAAGCGCGCUUAAUUCUGCUUCCGUCUCGCGUGCGGCGUCCCUUUCAAGGCGUCUUUUCCAAGGCUUCUCGGCUUCAAGAAGAAUCCGCGAGAGGUCAACACAGUCAACGCGGUCAACGCGACCUGCUCGCCCGUCAGCGCAGUCAGCUCACUUUGGGACGCUCGCCAAUCCGGAGGCGGGCAACGAGCAAGCUCAGUUCGAAAAGGACAAAAUCGCCAUCAUGAAGAUCGCGGUGCUGGGCGGCACUGGCAACGUGGGGUCGAAGCUGGCUCAGAGGCUGUGCGCUGCAGGGCAUGACGUCGUGCUGACGUCACGUCAUCCGGGUGACGAGAAGACCGUCAAGGCACUCGAAUAUGUGAAGGAGGGGGGCAAGGGGACAGCAACGGCGGCAGGAGUGGCAGAGGCGGUGGAAGGGGCUGAUGCUGUGAUCGUUGCCACACCUGGAUACGCCACUGCAGAGGAGUGGAGCAAGGUGGUGGCUCCCUUCGCCUCCUAUGCAGGGGUAGUGCUGGAUGCGUCUAACUCCUUGACUGCCUGGCCGGCUUUGGAGAUCGGUGUGGAUCACAGGAGCACCAGUGGUGGAGAGGAGCUGAAAAAGGCGCUUCCCAACGCGCACGUGUUCAAGGCGUUCAACACCCUGGGAGCAGAGCUCAUGGUGACACCCGUGCUGGGAGGCAAGCCCGUCGCCAUGCUGUUUGCUGGCUCGGAGGACGCUGCUGCUAAGGAGACCGCCACUAAGGACGCUGCUGCCAAGGAGACCGCCACUAAGGUGUGUGUUCUAGGGUGUGCUACGCUCAUGGUGACUCCCACGCUGGGAGGCAAGCCCGUCGCCAUGCUGUUUGCUGGCUCUGAAGACGCUACUGCCAAGGAUAUUGCUAUCAAGAUGCCUUCUGAGGCUCCUCUCAUCACCAGUCCAGACAUCAACCCGUCAGUUUAUCAUGGAUCCCUAUUUCCUCCCCUAUCCAUCACCAGGUCAUCUCAGCCGUCAGAUUCCGCCCCGAGUACGCUGGUCCGCUACCCCUCAACUGCAACCCCUCACGCGCAUGUGCAUCUCCCCGUCAUGCCCUCCCGUGCCCAUCACCAGGUCAUCUCAGCCGUUGGAUUCCGUCCCGAAAGUGGCCGCUGCCCCUCAACUGCAACCCCGUCACGCGCAUGUGCAUUCCCCCAUAUUGCCAUGUCGGUCUCUCCCCCCCCUGCCCAUCAUCAGGUCAUCUCAGCCGUUGGAUUCCGGCCCGGGUACGUGGUUCCGUUCCGUUACCCCUCAACCACAGCUUUCCACAUGCAAAUGCAACCCCCGUCAUGCUAUAUCCGUGUUUCUCCCCUCUCUAUCCAUCAUCAGGUCAUCUCAGCCGUUGGAUUUCGCCCUGAGUACGUGGGGCCGCUGCGCUACGCGCGCAAUCUGGAGAGCUUCGCAGAGCUGUGGGUGCACCUGGCACUCAAGCAGGGGUGGCCACGUGGGGGGUUUUCAUUUGACAUCCAGAAGGCAUAG